AUGUCUAGUGAAGAAACACUAGAACUACUCGUUGAAGUACAUUUACCGGGAAAAUCUCCAAUGGUCUAUGUGGAGGUUGUCACUGAUUUGCAUUCGUCGGAGCAUAUAAGCACCAUUUCCCUGCUAGUGAUAAUGGCCAGCAUUUGCUGCUAUGGCCAAAGACCUGCCAAGGUGCAGGGUAGAAACUUUGGUUUCGGUGGUCCUCCUGUUGGCAACUCCUUUGGCUAUGGUCAAAGCACUGCCCAGACAUCCAGUAGCUCCAGCUCGUUUGGACAAUUUGGCAUUUCUCCCUAUAAUGCCUAUGGUUUAUAUCCUGGCAAUGGAUUUGGUGGUUAUGGUGGCUUCAAUGGAUAUAGCAGUGGCUUUGCCAGCAACACUGCCGGUUAUGGAGGUGGUUAUGGACUUUUCAAUCCUGGUGGUGGUGGCUAUGGAGGUUAUAGCGGUUAUGGGGGCCAUAACAGUUACAAUGCCUAUAAUGGCUACAGCGGCUAUGGUGGAUUUGGAGGUUAUCCAGGCUAUCCGGGUUAUGGUGGUUUGUAUGGUGGAAGACCCUUCAAGAGAUAA